CAGUGCUUCAGCAGCAGUGUGUGUUCAGCAGCAUCAUCCUGACCCACACCGCUUUACUAUCAGUCGAGUCCGACUCUCCUCCCGCAAGAGAAAUAAAACAAUAACACAAAAGAGAUCAAGACAAAUCGCACGACACAAAUCUUAAGCUCGACAGAAGAGCAUCUUCAUACGUUUAAAUCGCGUCUUUUUCCGUCCUCGCAGGGUUUUAUUUUGACCAGUCCAGACAGCAGACCGGACUUCUCCCGUUCACUCCUCACUCUCGCAAGGCAAAAUGGGGAAACAGAACAGCAAGCUGACCCCUGAAGUGAUGGAGGACCUGGUGAAGAACACAGAGUUUAAUGAACAUGAGCUCAAGCAAUGGUACAAGGGUUUCCUGAAGGACUGCCCCACCGGCCGCCUCAACCUGGAGGAGUUCCAGCAGCUCUAUGUCAAGUUCUUCCCCUACGGCGAUGCUUCCAAGUUUGCUCAGCACGCCUUCAGGACCUUCGACAAGAACAGCGAUGGCACCAUCGACUUCAGAGAGUUCAUCUGUGCGCUGUCCAUCACAUCUCGAGGCAGCUUCGAGCAGAAACUCAACUGGGCCUUCAACAUGUAUGACCUGGACGGAGACGGCAAGAUCACACGGGUGGAGAUGCUGGAGAUCAUCGAGGCGAUCUACAAGAUGGUCGGCACGGUGAUCAUGAUGAAAAUGAACGAGGACGGCCUGACGCCUGAGCAGCGGGUGGACAGGAUCUUCUCCAAGAUGGAUAAGAACAACGACGACCAGAUCUCUCUGGAGGAGUUCAAAGAGGCGGCCAAGAGCGACCCGUCCAUCGUAUUACUGCUGCAGUGUGACCUCCAGAAAUAGGCCGGAGGGCGAGCGAGCGGAGCGCUCCACCAGCCGCCACGGACUGCACAGAAAGAAUUUCAUGUUCCAUUCAGUUUGCAGCUAUUUCCACUGAAAAAAAAAAAAUUAUGCUUGGACUACCUUUCAAUGGAUCUGCUUCUUGUGUUUGAAACACUCGUGUGCAUGAGAAUGUUACUUGCUAUAAAAAGAUCUACACACAACAUACGACAGUGUGCUGGUACAAGAGUGCAGGUGCACACUCACACCACAGACACAUUCACACACACACACACACACACACACACUCAGACACACACACGCCUCUCACUACAUAUAAACACCUUGCACAAAUGAUAUAUAUAGAUACAGUAUAUAAAUAUGAAUAUAUAUAUUUAAAUUAUUCAAAGAUCAACUGCCAAAAUGUGAAGUGUGCAAAGUAUUUUCCAUAAGGUUUCAUUCUACUGGAGCUUGCGCAUCAGUGAUGUGCUACGUUCAAUUUGCCGCUACUCUAUUUAUUGUUCCAAGUUUACUGACGCUAGCUGUAUGUGUUUCAUAAUACUGAGUAAUGUCGAACCAAAUUCCUAUGAAAAUAUAUCUGCCUCCGAGAAGACACCGUAUCCAUCGUCUUGACUAUUAGCUAGAAGAGAUGGAUUAGCAUUUGUCCAACUUUUCCUUCCGAGAAACAUGCUUGUACUGUCAGUAACGACAAUGUAAACGUAGUUAAUUUGCAUGCCUUUAGGUUCUGCCUUAAAAAAUCUCCCCAUUUUGCAUCCUGUGAUUGCAGACGGAAAGCCUUAUCAUAGCAAGUGGCGGUGACGCUCGUCGGGGAGAAGCCGUGAGAAAAAAAAAGAUUUUAAGCGCAUAAGGGAGAAAAAAAAUCAUCUUUAACAGUGAGUCCUUCUACAAGUGUUGUCGUAUGGGAUGUGAUUUUUUUUUUUCUGUGAUCUGUCGAAAACGUUUUUUUCUUUUGACUGCUUUUAUGUAGGAGCAUGUUUCCUUGUAGAGUAGCUGUAGUCUAUGUUGCUAAGAACUUAAUCCCCGCCCCCUUUGCAUUUACACAUACUAUCUCAUGAUGACACAAUUAGCAGAAGUUGAUUAUGGAGGAAUACAGAAUCGGAAAUAAAGAGAUACAUUGGCAUUGGAGGCGAGUGAGAUCAAACAUUUACAAGAAGAAAAGGUCCCUUAGCUGAACAUAAAUGAGAUUAUAAAUAAGAACAAAGUAUUAUUCUAUAGUUGUAGAACAUCGUUAUCAGACUAAGUUAUAACCUUCAGUAUGUUUCACCAUCAGAACCACUUUUUUCCAGUUAGCCUGCAGGUUGCAUAUCAUUCUAUUCAAGUCAGAGGAGUGUAUUUGAGACUGAGCGUCAAUGAGGAGAACAAAUAAGGCCCGCGCAGCAUUUUAACUUUCUCGUCUGUCUUUUUCAGUGGAAGUAAUUGAGUGCUAAAGUGGUGAGAGGAGCAGUAGUGAAUGGCGUUUCAUUAAACACUGUAACUAGUAGAGGACAGCCCUUAUGUAGAGACGUGUGUUUAGUAGGUUAAAUACAAUUCGCCCUUAACCCUCACAAGUAUUUCUCUCCUACCAAUCAGUCAAUCUUUUUGUACUUUUUUACUCCCCUCUCUCACUCAUAGUUCACGCCCUGACGCAUUGGAAAUGUAGAGAAGUUCAGCGGAGUGUGGUGCCCCCGAAACACGACUUUAAGUUUGACCUCUUAGCCCACCUGUAACUUCAAAUGAGUUCACCUGGUCCUGUCUGAAAGCACCGCGGACGCUUUAACGACCUGCAUUAAUGCUACCAGUGUUUGAAGAGCUAAAGGAGGCUAAAGGAGACGUAAUGAGUAAUCAGUAUUGCAAUAAAGAUUGAGCAUGCCAGUCCAUCGUCAUCUCCCUGCAGCGUGGCUUUUCACCGUCACUUUGUAAUCUGAACUUCUUUACAUGAACGUCUUUGGCCAGACAAUGUUUCUAAUUCCAACUAUGUUAUUACUAUUAUUGCUAUCAAGAUACCAAAUGUAAGCAAAGGCAACCGUGUACAAGGGUUCUUUUGUAGCAUGUAUUGUGUCCCUGACGACAUGGCUGCACUACUCCCUGUGUUGUGAUUUAAUCUAAUAAAAGGAACUCUAUGGGC